CUUCAUGUUUUCCAAGUUCCAAGAUGCUUUUGUUGCUUUUUCCACUCACACACGCCUCACUCCUUAGUCAUUCCUCUGGUUUGUAGAUCUCAGAAAACUCUCUGUUUCUCUGUCUCUGUUGCAAGCUUUCAGCCUCAUCAUCAAAGCUCUAGUGCCGUCGUUCACUGCAUAUCAGUAGUCAGAACGUAAGAUGACGCGACAGAGGAAGUUCGACUGUCGUGAGGAGGUGCUUUUGGUCACUGGCCGGUACCGUCUCGGUAUCCACUAACCGGCCGAAAUCCGGUAUUUUUCCCGGUGCGGCUGAAACAACUCCGGUGUUGCCGGUAUUUAAACCGGUACAAAAUCAAAGUGUUUCUCUAGCGGACUAGCUACCGGAACGGUUAAUACUGGUGGUAACGGCGGUACGGUACGAAAUUGACUCCCUUGGGCUGAGCAGACGACAAGGGCCAGGAGCAGAUGUGCACUGAAUCGGGGCUGGUGUGAGCACCUCAACGACAAAGAAUCGAGCCAUACAACGAGACGAGAUCAAUUUUGCACAGUUUCAACAUGCUGUCAUAGGUUGUGUCAGGCAUACCUUUGGGAAGCAAGACGUUGAGAUAAGAAGAAACUCAUAACAAUGGAUGCUGGAAUGUUCAAAGCUGCAAUUGAUGGGAAUGAUGGUUUCUUCGAUGAAGCUGGGGGUGUGAAUCUAUUUCUCAGGCAGGUGACAGCGGAAGGGAACUCUAUUCUUCACGUGGCAGCAAAAUCUGGAAAUGCGCAAAUCACGAAAAGGGUCCUCGCGAUCGAUUCACAACAAUCACUUUUGUAUAUGAAAAAUUGGAAAGGCGACACUGCACUACAUAUUGCAGCGAGGUUAGGGCAUAUCGACAUGACAAAACUUCUAAUAACUUGUGCAAAUGACCGAGAAGUUGAAGUGCAAAUGGAGCUACUAAGGAUGGAAAAUCUGGAGAAGAAUACCGCACUGCAUGAGGCUAUAAAAAAUGAUCAUUAUGACAUUAUGCAGUUACUAAUUAAGGAAGACCCAAGUUUGACUUUUCUUACAAAUAAUGCUGGGGAAUCUCCUCUCUUCCUGGCAGUGGAUAGAGGAUUUUACAAAAUUGCUAUUCAUAUCCUAGAGGCUGUUCCAGAAUGCUCCAAUGUGGGAAGGAAAAGCAUGAAUGUCUUGCAUGCGGCUGUCAUCCGUACACAAAGAAGCAAACGGUUUAAAGCCAUAGAGGGAAAGGCUGACUGGCACAGUCAUACUCUCUUAUGUAUCUAUCGUUUCCUUCGUGCUAUUCUCAAGCUCUCUAACUCAGAAAAUGAACAAGCUCCAAAACGCGGCAUGACAACAUUAGAUUUUGUGGGUAAGUUGUUAGAAGCUUGUCCAUCUGCAAUUGUAGAAGCGGAUGACUUUGGCUGGAUUCCUCUUCAUUAUGCUGCACAUUUUGGCAAUGCAAAAUUUGUCAAUCUAUUUUUGAAAAAGAACAUGUCCCUUGUUUACAUAAAGGAAAAGGCAGGCAUGUCUGCCCUUCACAUUUCGGCAAAAGAAGGGCAUGUUGACGUAACAAGAACACUUAUUACAGAAUGUCCAGAUAGUUGUGAAUUGUUGGACAAGAAAGAUAGGACAGCUCUUCAUCUUGCUGCAGAAAGUGGAAAUAGUAAACUGGUGAAGGUCUUCCUACAAACAUUGGCUACUGAGGAUCUCAUAAAUCAGCAAGAUAAGGAAGGAAACACCCCUUUUCAUCUGGCUGCCAUGGAAGGGCGUUAUGCACUAUUAAUGAUGUUGGCAAAAGACAGGAGAAUCGAUUGGAUGGCUAUGAACAAGGCAGGGAUGAGUACAGUUGACAUUAUUCAAUCAGAUAAACGACUUAAGUCAGGAAAAAAGGACAAAUUCAUGUCAAAGUUGAAUAGAGACAACAUUAGAUUGAGUUUGGAACGAAUCGUUGACAGACAUACUAUGGAAGUACAGACUCUUGAUACAGAAGGACAUGGACAAUUAAUUCAAGAAACAGAGAGAAAUGAGCCUGCAGAGCAAAAUAAGGUGAAAGACACAGCCCUUAUUGCUACAAAAAAAAGACUCAAAAGACAAGAAGCUGUUCGGAAAAUGACCGACCUCAAUUUCGUUGUAGCCACAAUCAUUGCAAGUGUCACCUACGCAGCGGUCAUACAGGUGCCUGGUGGAAACGGCGACGACGGUAAAGCUAAUUUAAGAAAAAAUAAAGAUUUCAAAAUAUUUGUGAUUUUCAACGCCUUCGCUUUUGUGUCUUCGCUGCUCUCAAUGUUAUUCCACUUUUGCAUUGGCUAUGUUAGCCUUAGCAGCAGUAUCGGUCUCAUAUACGCAUCGUUAUGCUUCACGUUCACUCAACUUUCUCUUCUCGGCAUUAUCGGUGCCUUUUUUUCGUCCAUAAGGGCAGUCUUAACUAAAAGCUCGGCGCCCCCACCAUCACCCCCGGGCAGUGGUGGACCAUCACCGUCCCCGGGCAGUGCUGAAUCACCAUCGUCCGGGUUUGGCCCCGAGCACACUCAAUCCAAUCAUUCCAAUGUUUUCACUGAAUAUUGGUGGAUUGGUCUUCUUUUUGUUUUUUUAAUCUUUGCGGCUGUCUUUAUAAUAAGAAAGAACAAAAAAUUGGUGGUUUCAAUUUUGAAGGAGUCUUAGCUCUAGGCCCAACUUUGACCAUAAGCAUUACAUGUUCACAUAUUCAUCGUGUAAUCGGUGGGCUCAAAGCACCUGAAUUUGUCCUUGGUCUUGUCUUUUCUCACUGUCAUAUACUCGUGUGAUUUCAUUCCAGCAAGCUUUCUGCACAACCAAUGCGAUCUCUUUCCCGCAACAACAGGAGUGCUACGGCCAGCAUGUUAUUUUUUUAAUUUCUGUAUCUUUUACCUGUAUCCCGAUUUAAAUAAGAACGUCCACUGCGAUUUGCUGUA